AUGAAAUUGGUAUUCACUUCCUGGGAGUCCGGAUGUGAAGAAGUUUACACGAAAGGAUGGAAAAUACUUGCGGACUCAAUAAUUUCAACUUCAAGGGACGUUGUGAUUUAUCGGGGUGACAUUCUUGCUUUAGAGGAUUCCACUGUAUACAUAUAUACCUCAUCUGGUAUCAAGAAGCCAUAUUUGAACGGAACUUCGUUUUCUUCAUCUCGUUUUAUCUCUUUCCAUGCUGCCUAUGAGAAAUUAUUUUUAAUAAGUGAAGAAGGUCGUCUUUUUGGUUGUGGGCAUACUGCUUACGGUGAAUGUGGUGUAAUUUCUUCAAAUCCGGUUGAAUCAUUGCGUGAAAUUAAAUUGGUUGCAUCACUGGCUAUUUGCCCCCAUGGAUCUUUAGUUACUACCGCAGAGUCACUGAAAGUGAGAUUUGUUCAAACAUCCUCAUCAGAGGUUUGCGUUGUUGAUUUUUGUGGUCAGUUAUGGAAAUAUGGUGAUGGAAGAUUAGAAUUUGAUUCGCUAGGACGCGUUCAAGUGCACCCUUUACAACUUGCAUCAGGACGCAAAGUUUUGCAGUUAUGUGCCGGAAGGAAACAUUUUGUUUGCUUGGCUAUUCCUUUGACUGAUAAAACAAUUGAUAUCGAUAUUGAAAAUUCACCAACUUUGGAGAUUCGAAGAUCGAAUAAAUGUGGAAAAUGUCAAGAAGAAUAUGAGCUACGGCUGAGUACAUUAAUGCAUAUGGCUGACCAGAAAAAUGAAGCACAUGUUUCAUUUGGAAGCUGUGAAAAAGAAUUGACUGUGAAAACAAGUUUUGCUAUUCGUAAUCCAUGCUCACUUCCGGAUGCAGAUAACAGCGCAAACCAGCAUCAAGCACUUCACUUCUGUAGUUCAUCACGUGCCGCUAAAACUGCUAUUGUAAAACGGUGGAAAGAAACUUUAUUUGACGAAUUUGAAAUGACGGAAAUGAAAAAUGUCAACGUCUUGGAUGGACUUGGGAAAAAUUCAACAUUCGUUUCAAUAGAAAAUCUACCUGAUAUGUAUUAUAUGCAAAAUACAGAAGACUCAUUAUCAAGAUGUACUGUUCAGAAUGAGAGCCCUUCAAAAUCGGAUAGAAGAGUUUCACUCACCAACUCACAGGAUGAUCCUGACCUAUUACCAGAAAUUUGGACAUGGGGUGCUAAUGAAUACGGCCAGCUAGGACAUGGUGAUUUGGCAGUGAGGAGAGUGCCAUUUAAAGUAGCCGAUUUAUCUGGCAUGUACUGUAUCAAAGUGGCAGCAGGAGACGACCAUACCAUCGCAAUUACUGGAUCUGGAAAGUUAUAUGUCUGGGGAUCAAAUAAUGAUGGACAGCUAAAACAAACUAAUCUAUCACAUGUAACGAAGCCAACACUUUUUAAAAUUGGAAGCCAUUCUUUUGUUUUGGAUGCAUUUGCAAAUGGUUGUCAUACGGGUGUUAUUGUUGGCGGUGUGGCAAAUUCUGCCACGCUCUAUCUCUGCGGAAGUAAUUCUACGGAGAAAUCACUACAAUCGUUAUCACUACCAAAAGAGAUUGGUUGGCCGGGUUGGAUUUUAAUUGCAAAUAAAAAUCUUGCGGUUGGGGUACAUGAAUCAACUGAUGAAGUCAAUGAACAUCUUUUACGAAUGUUCGUUUUCUUUCAUUAUGCGGAAUUUGUACAGCAGAUCUGCCAAAUGUGUCAGAAAAUGCAUGAAAGAAGUCACAUUGUAAACAGUCCGCUUUUGUCGAAAUUAUUAAAUAAAUUAGCUUUAUCAUCGGCAGGAUAUUCGACACACAUAUUCAAAUUGAUAAAAAUGGUGCGUGAUAAUCUUUGUGAUACGGGCAGUCUAUCAGUUGGAAAAGCCUUGAGAACUCAUAUAAAAAAAUAUUUCUUGAACGCUCUUUUUCAAUUUCAUGCUGAUUUUGUGGAGUCCGUUGCUUACGGAUGUUUCACUGAGCUCGAUAUUGGUGAAAAGCUGGAUGAGGAAUUGAGCAAAAUCUGCUUAUGCUAUGAUAUUGGAGAAAACAGUCAGGAGAUUCGUUUGCGGCAGUUAUUUCAGUUGGCUUUUAAUUGUCCGUGCAAAUUUGGCGAUCUGGCUGGAAUUGGUAAUAUCUUAAAGGAAUGUAAACAGCAUUUGCUUUUUGAUUCAUCAAUUGUUUCACAGAAAAAUCAAAGUGUUUCACAGAAACGUGCGCAACAUUGCAUUAUUGUUAGGUUGUGA